AAGCUGGUGAAUAAAAGGCAGUUCGCGCCGCGACAAACAAAUCAGUUCAUCAGCUGCUAUUAGUCGACAUGGUGCCCUCGUCAACUUGCGUCCUGCUGGCCGUUUUGGCCUUCACCACUCUCAUAGUCGCCGAGAGGGUCUCGUUCGAACCUUGUUCAGGAGGUAUGAAGAACUGCGAAGUGAACUGGGUCGAAAUUGAUCCUUGCGCGGAAGCAGCCACCGGAAACCCUUGCAGGACAAAGAAGGGAAAAGUUUCUUCAAUUAAAUUCAACUAUGCAACAAGCGUUCCCAAGGAUAAAAUGGAAGUAAGAGUAUUUUGGGCAAGUGCAACUGGCGACCUUCCCUUCGCCGGCCUUGACCCUGACGCGUGUUCGGUCACCCAGUGCCCUGUGGAGGCUGAUCACCCACAGAAUCUGACGUACUCUCUCACCAUUCCCAAGAUGACCUCAUCCCGCGUCUACAACGUCAAGUGGGACCUGCACGACGACGACAAAGAGGUGCAGUGCUGCUUCCUCACCAAAAUCCGCAUUGUUUGAACAACAACUUCUUUAUUGUACAUAAUGACGUUUGUCAACUGCUCUCAUUGAUUAAUUGUGCCUGCGGCGCCGAAUAUCUGCGGAGCGCCGAUCCGCUUCAAUUGUUCUCUUCUAUUGUGUAAUUGUGCAAUUAAGCUUAAGAUUUAUACGAAUAAAAGUUAUUACGCAAAAGUAGAAUAAUAGAA